GAUGUUGAUGCAAGUAUGAAGGUAGUGUCACAUAUGAAGAUGUCCUCUUUGUAUAUGCAAAAUGUCUUUAUUAUCUUAUUGACUGGAAUAUGUGUUUCAAGUACAUCGCAUGACCACUGGGGGUACAGCAGCGAGGAACAGGCUAAAUGGAAAGACAACUACAAAUCGUGCGGAGGUGAUUCGCAAUCUCCAAUUGCAAUCGAUAGUUCGAAGACAGUUCCUAUGAAUAUGUCUGCUUUAGAACUGAUAUACUAUGAUUCACCCUUACCCGGUCCCCUACAACUACAUAAUAAUGGUCAUACAGGUAUCUAUAAAUAAACCAUUAAUCCAAAUAGAAAGGUUGAAGCUAUUAUCUAAAUAGUAAUUCAUUGCUAUUCACAUCAAAAUAAAAACGAUUUUUGUUCAUGAAAUCAAAAAACAACAAUAAAUAAUAAAAUCCAUUUAUCGCUCCUAAAAACAAUUUAAUGUCAUUCUUGUUUUAUGGGUUACAAUAGAGAAAACGAUAGAAAAAGGAAAGAGUGUGU